AACAACGAUCUCGCAUCGAUCUUGCAUCGAUCCAAGCCGCGGCAGCCAAGACCAUCACGCCCCAACCCAGCAGUCGACAGCAAAGAAAGAAUGCCAAGUGUCAUGAGGAUGCAGCCCUUCCGACGAUGUGCUGUGGCUCGUGGUCGAUACACGGGCCGAUUCGCAGGCCAGAGCAUAGCGCAGGAUACCCUGGGUCGCAGCUAUGCCACCAAAACGAACGCGCAGGAGUAUCUGCGAUCUUCGAAUGCCAGGAACGAAUAUGUGCGUUUGGACAACCGAGCGUGUCUCGAGAUAGAAGGGCCCGAGGCCAUCAAGUUCCUGCAAGGCCUGACAACCAACCAGAUGCUCAACAUCGAACGGGGCGGCGACGGCGUGCUGGCUGCGUUCUUGUCUCCGCAGGGACGAGUGCUAUUCGAUGCCUUCAUCUAUCCAAAGAACGUCAACCAGACAUUCCCACAUCCAGCCUUCCUGGUCGAAUCGGCCGAGGCCAGCCUGCCGGGGCUGCACGCCCAUCUCAAGCGGUUUCUUCUGCGCACCAAAGCCAAAAUCACCCCGCAGUCGGACUGGCGGGUGUGGCAGGCAUGGGGCCCGCAGAGCAAGCAGCUCUGGGGCGGGACGUUUGUGCCCAAGAGCGGCAGCAGCACUCCCGCAGGCUCGGUGCUGGCCAAGAAUAGCUUUGUGGACAAUGGCCUGAAGGACUGUCGGCAUCCCGAGUUUGGAGUGCGCUUCCUGAUGAAGGGCGAUGCUGUUCCACCCCUGCCCCCCAACUUUAUCCAGGUCGCUCCUGAGGAGUACAAGAUCCGUCGACUGUUGGCCGGCAUCCCCGAAGGACCAGACGACUUUUUUCACGCUGCCUCGCUUCCCUUGGAGUCCAACUUUGACUACAUGCACGGAGUCGACUUCCGAAAGGGAUGCUAUCUCGGCCAGGAGCUCACCAUCCGUACCUACCACACCGGUGUCACGCGCAAGCGAAUCGUGCCAGUGCAGCUCUAUACCGACACGGAGAGCGCACCGGACCAACAGAGUAUCGACACCGAGUUCAAUGUGCCGCUGCCUACCACGGGGUCCGACAUUGUGCUUGUUGGCGACUCGGAAUCCAAGCCCACGCGACGGAAAGCCAGCAGCGGCGGCACAAGCGUCGGCAAGUUUUGCUCUGGCAUUCACAACGUGGGCCUGGCUCUGCUCCGACUCGACCACGUUGGGGCUCUGAAAGAUGGCCAGGAGCUCGUGUGUGAGAACGGCUUGAAGCUCAAGGCAUAUGUGCCUGAAUGGUGGCCAGCGCCCAUAGGCGAGCAGUCGUGAGUCCAAAUUGGGAUCAUCGUCGAUUACCAAGCGCCAGCCCUGGCCAGUGCCUCGGUCUACUGCCGUUGUACUUGCCGGAUACAUAUAUACUUUCCUACAGUA